AAGAGUGCUCAUUGAGGAGUGAAAGUCGCCACACAUGUCAAGCUUUAAAGGCAGUUGUUGGCUUCCUAAUAGGACACAACGCCUUGCAAACAUAUGCGUGAAGCUGUGCCUACAGAUGGCAGCGAGAAGAAUGGAGCAGGCGCCUUUUAUAAAGCGCGAGCUGCUGCCUGUCGUCUUCUCCUCCAGACCUGUGUGUGAAAUGAAAACUCCUCCGACUCAGGGCCAAGCCUAGCGCCUGGGCUCGUUUGUUACCGUUUUAAUCCUAUUAAUUAAAACGUUAACCUGAUUGGGUAGAAAGCUCUGUCCCAACAGGCGAGGCUUCUUCAUAAUAACCUUCUCGGCGAGAUAAUGAGGUAAAAGACUCCCCCGUCUGUGGUGGCGGCGGCGGCGGCGGCAGUGGCAGUGGUGACGGGCGGGUGGCGGCAGAAGCAGCAGCAGCUAGCGAGCGAAAGCUGCUCCUUUUUCCCCCCCUCUCCCUCCCCUGCCUUUCUCCCCUCCCUUGAUGGGUCCCGGAAAUCUCUUGAAGGUGAAUCCAAGCAAGAUAAACGGUGCGAGAGGCUCGCUGGCAGCUCACAAUGCCUGAGCCCUUCACAGGGUGAGAGGAGAGAGGCGCGGAGAGCGAGCGAGACCGAGAGCGAGCGACGCGCGCUGAGGGGAGAGGAAGAACGCGCGCCAAAGAGGCCGGACGAGCAGCCUCGCCUCAGAAACACGCGAACGGCGGGAAGAAGAAGAAGAAGAAGAAGAAGAGGGAGCAGGCGGUGGAAGAGCAGCUUUCAGAAGGAAAGGGAAGCCACCUCGGAGCCCGCCGCAGCCCGACCCCCGGCCCGGCGCCUCGGCGGAGAGGAGAAGGGGAGGGGGCCUGGGAGGGCGACAGCGGCACGAGGAGUUGGAGGAGGGGAGCCCGGCGGCGGCGGGGACCAUGGAGCGGGCUCUGAACCUGCCCACUGAUGAGGACAUAUUCCACAAGAGUUACAGCGCGUCGGCCAAGAGGAUGGAGUCCGCCUUUCGCUCGCCGCCGGGGCUGGAACUGGUCGCCCACCAGGCGCCGCCGCCGCGCGAGCCCCGCCAGGCGCCGCCGUCUCCCCUCGGCUGCUACGAGCCGGGCGACUCCGAGGUGCUGCUGAGGGAAGGCGCGGGGACCGGCGCGCUGGUGGCCGGCGACCCUCUGGGCGGCUCGGUGUGCGUCAAGUACGGGCCGGGCCCGACGACGAGCCGCAGCUCGGUGGCCGAGAGCAGCGGCGGCGAGCAGAGCCCCGACGACGACAGCGACGGGCGCUGCGAGCUGCUGCUGCGGGGCCCCGGCGGAGGCAGCGGCGCCGGCGUAGUGGUGGGCGCGGGGGGCGCCCUGCUCAAGGCGCCCGAGGGCGGCGCCUGCUCCAACAGCCACCACGGCCCGGGCGGCGGCGGCGGCAAGAAGUCCAAGGAGCAGAAGGCGCUGCGCCUCAACAUCAACGCCCGCGAGCGGCGGCGCAUGCACGACCUGAACGACGCGCUCGACGAGCUGCGGGCCGUCAUCCCGUACGCGCACAGCCCCUCGGUGAGGAAGCUCUCCAAGAUCGCCACGCUGCUGCUGGCCAAGAACUACAUCCUCAUGCAGGCGCAGGCCCUCGACGAGAUGCGCCGCCUCGUCGCCUAUCUCAACCAGGGCCAGGCCAUCUCGGCUGCUUCGCUGCCCAGCUCGGCGGCGGCUGCGGCGGCUGCGGCUGCCGCCUUGCACCCGGCGCUCGGGGCCUACGAGCAGGCGGCAGCGGGCUACCCUUUCAGCGCCGGCCUGCCGCCCGCCACCUCGUGCCCGGAGAAAUGUGCCCUUUUCAACAGCGUCUCGUCCAGUCUCUGCAAACAGUGCACGGAGAAGCCUUAAAAAGAAAGAGACACGUCGCGGACUCCGAUCCCUCUCCGUCCUUCCUUCCCUCUGGGCAGGACUUUCGCUGCAGCAGCCGCCUUGAUAGGGGGAGGCGGAUCUGGGGGCAAAGGGGGGACUUGAGUGCAACCGAGACCUCAGCGAAAUUUAGACACACGCACGCAAAAUCGCAAAUUUUUGAGGGGUGUAUGUUUUUUGGGUGAGUGUGCGCAGAGAAAUAGCAGAUCGGGAGAAAAAACAAAUCCUCCGUCCUCCACAUGGUUUCUUAAAAACUUCCGAGUACUGGGAACUUUUUCGAUAAGCAGCCAAUGACGGGGAGUGGGGAUUGGUUGGGCUUGGGCAAGGGUGGAAGAUGUGGUGGAAGCAAGUUGGAUUGUAAACUCAGACAAAUCAAGAAGGGCACUUAAAAAGAUUUUUUAAAUGUUAUUUUAUUUUAUUGCUUCUGAGCCAGGAAACAAGCAAACUUGAAAUGUAGACUAAUUGAGAUUAGACGCGCGCAAAAUUGCUCUGAAAAUACUUGUAUUUUUUAUUUUUUCUGAACUUUUGAACCUGUGAAAAUGCACAAAGUUUGGGCGGGGAGUGAGCUUAAAAUGAUGCAACAAAACUCUUGUUCGUGUGGCUGAAGUAUUGCAGGUUUAUUUUUUUAAAAGACGUGCACCUUGUUUCUUUUCACUUUGCAAUCCUGUGUACAAGAGGACACGAUAUUUAUUUCAAUGGCCCUUUCACGCCAACAGUAUCCAUCUUGUGUUGAGGUCAUGGGUCUUCUGUGAAUUUUCUUUUAAAUGCUUCUUAAAAUUCCCAUUAACUUAAAACUUUGUGCCAAGUGUUUUAAAACGUUGAUUUGCCAAGGACCUGUGAACCAGAAAUCUUGAUGUAUCGGAGCUGCUGAGGCUUAUGAAAAGGUCAUUCUGGGUUUUAAGUUGCAUCAUACCUGUAUUUAUAAAUUGAGCUUUAAUAAAUUGCUUCAGUCCAAAAAUGAGAGGAGAGGUGUAUUCUUAAUUGCUUAAUGAACUGGACUGUUGGUGACUAGAAAUUAUUUGCAGCAUGAAGGGAUUUGUUUCUAGUUAUUUACUGUGAUAACAAGGCAUCAGACAAUAGUUCCUGUCAGGAAUUUGCAAAACAUGGGGUGUUUUUUUCAGAUGGUAGUGUUUGGUUUCUCAAAAGGAGUGAAUAAGGCGAAUUUUUGACUAUUGUUUAUGAAAGUUAUUUAAGCUGAAGGUGGUCGUCUACCUUAGCUGUUGUUCACAUGCGUUUCACCCAGAAUGAUGAUAUAAGGCCCAGGAGUAAGUGAAUUUCUGUUUCCCUCAAAGGUGGAAUUCAAAAUGAGUUUGUACAUGGGUGGCUUCCUUAGCCAGCCCACAACCCUUUCAAGUUGCGGUACUGGAGUGAAGGUGCUUAACAGAACAACUCAGUUAAGUGGAAGUCGUUUUUGCCCCAGUUUGCAUCCUAACUCUAACCACACUUACCUGGAGGGGAAUCCCAAUAGUUCAGUAGAUUUUUCUUUUGCCUAAGUGUGCUCAACAUUGCAGGGGGAAACAGGUUCAGAUCUGUUCUAGCUGUACUAUCUUGCUUUAAACACACUAUCUUGAAAAUCAAUCCCAUCCGAAGUCAAAUAAACUUAUUUCUAAGGAAAAUAUGUAGUUUGGAGUCUGGGCCUUAAUAUCAGCAUUUAAGCUUCUGCAUUGUGGGUAGGAUUAGCAUCAAUAGGACCUGAGACGUCUUAUCUCUUAACUUUGACAAAAACUGCAUUGUGAAUCAUGGUGCCAAUCAAGCGUAGAUCCCGAAAAUCUUUAUUUUCCCCUCCCCACGCUUUCUUCCCACUUCGACGGGGCUUGGUAUUUUCCACUACUUGCUGAUAAUCCAAAUUCAGUCUGUCAGCUCUGGAUGGCAAAACGAGAGCCGUGUUGGAUCUGUUGGCAGGUCAUGGAUGUGUAAAGAGUGAUAUAUGUUAAAUAGGUCAAUCAGAUGAUGACAGCGAUGUAUGAUGGUUUGUAUGUGUAUCUAUGUCGGAAAGAAUCUUUAUUAAAAUAUUUUGAACAAA